GCCGCCGCCUCUGCCCGCCGCGCGGACCGAGGGAGCGCGGUCGCCGCCGCCUGCCUGCCCGGGUGCCCGCGUGCCCGGGCAGCGGUGGGCCAGGAUGUCGGGUUUCCUGGAGGAGCUGCUGGGCGAGAAGCUGGUGACGGGCGGCGGUGAGGAGGUGGACGUGCACUCGCUGGCUGCCCGCGGCAUCUCGCUGCUCGGGCUCUACUUCGGCUGUAGCCUGAGCGCCCCCUGCGCGCAGCUCAGCGUCAGCCUGGCCGCCUUCUACGGCCGCCUGCGGGGGGACGCGGCGGCCGGGCCAGGGGCUGGGGCCGGCCCGGGGCCGGGGGCCGGGGCCGCGGCGGAACCCGAGUCGCGGCGCCGCCUGGAGAUAGUCUUCGUGUCCUCGGACCAGGACCAGCGGCAGUGGCAGGACUUCGUGCGGGACAUGCCGUGGUUGGCGCUGCCCUACAAGGAGAAGCACAGGAAGCUUAAACUUUGGAACAAAUAUCGAAUUUCCAACAUUCCAUCACUAAUAUUCUUAGACGCCACCACCGGGAAGGUCGUAUGCAGGAAUGGGCUGCUGGUGAUCCGCGAUGACCCAGAGGGUUUGGAAUUCCCUUGGGGGCCUAAACCCUUCAGGGAAGUCAUUGCAGGGCCCUUGCUUAGAAAUAAUGGGCAGUCCCUGGAGAGCAGCAGCCUGGAGGGGUCUCACGUGGGAGUCUAUUUCUCUGCACACUGGUGUCCACCCUGCCGAAGCCUCACCCGGGUCCUGGUGGAGUCCUACCGGAAGAUCAAGGAGGCAGGCCAGAAAUUCGAGAUCAUCUUUGUUAGUGCAGACAGGUCAGAGGACUCAUUCAAACAGUACUUCAGUGAGAUGCCGUGGCUUGCGGUCCCCUACACCGACGAGGCCCGGCGGUCGCGCCUCAACCGGCUGUAUGGAAUCCAAGGUAUCCCCACCCUCAUUGUGCUGGACCCACAAGGGGAGGUGAUCACGCGGCAGGGGCGGGUGGAGGUGCUGAAUGACGAGGACUGCAGGGGCUUCCCGUGGCACCCCAAGCCCGUGCUGGAGCUCUCCGACUCCAACGCCGUGCAGCUCAACGAGGGCCCCUGCCUCGUCCUUUUUGUAGAUUCGGAGGAUGACGGGGAGUCUGAGGCGGCCAAGCAGCUGAUCCAGCCCAUAGCUGAGAAGAUCAUCGCCAAGUACAAAGCCAAAGAGGAGGAGGCGCCGCUUCUGUUCUUUGUGGCGGGGGAGGAUGACAUGACCGACUCCCUGCGAGAUUACACCAACCUGCCCGAGGCUGCCCCUUUGCUCACCAUUCUGGACAUGUCAGCCCGGGCCAAGUACGUGAUGGACGUGGAGGAGAUCACCCCUGCCAUUGUGGAGGCCUUUGUGAAUGACUUCCUAGCAGAAAAGCUCAAACCAGAGCCCAUCUAGUCGGGCUCCAGCUUCCCCGGAUGUUAUUUAAAACUCAUUCUUCUCCUCCCCCCCCCCCCCCGCCCUUCCCUCCACCCUUGGACUUUCCCAGGGUGUACCGACCGAAUCACACAACCCAAGUGUCCCACCUCUCUGUGGUGCCUUGUUUUCUGCAUUAACUCCUCAGCUAGCACCCUAGGGUGCGCAGCCUCUCCAGCUGCAACAGAACCUCCGUGUUUGGAGACUCUGCUUGGGAUCCGCGGGGCUGGCAUAACCCGGCCCGAACUGGGACUGCAGCGUUCUCUUGGUCCCUAGCUCUUGGUGAGGUAUUUGCCAGGCUGUUCUUCUGUCAAGUGGGCACCAAGGGACAGAGCAUCGGUGCUCUGGCUCUGCCUUAGGUGCCAGCACGUACAUGCAGAGCCCGAGGGUUCAGAGGCCACACGCGUGGCGGGUGGAGGCUUCGGUGCAGAGCUGCUGGCGAGGACGUCCUUUCCUAAGUGACUUGGUCUGUCUUGGUCUGAGGGAAAAACACCAGCUUGUCAGCCGGUUCUUGGGCAGGGGCUCUCCAGCCCUCAAAGGAAGUUUGUGUUCUUUUCUGGUGAGGAAGAGAGUAGCUACGGUAAUGAUUCACGUAGUAAUUGCUUACUUUGAUGGAGCGCCUCCCAUGUGAUAAGAAGGAGCUGCUCAUUCCUUCCUCCUAGCUCUUUCUAACUUGAUCUUGACCUUCUCCCAGUUUCUACCUUCUCAGAUGAACGGCCCCUACAAUCCUGGAACGUUGUUACUAAGUUCUCCCCCUUGGACAUCUUCCCAAGAAGACGCGGUGGUCCUGUGUUCCCAGAGGAGCACCGCUCACCAGCGCAGACCUGACUCAGCCCGGCUCUGGGCCUGGGGCCGCUGGAGCUGUGCUGAGGUGCCCUUGCUCAACCUUGGUUACCCCUGCAUUCCCUUUUCUUCUCAAAGCAGAACUUCAAAGAGACAAAAAAAAAAAAAAAAAUUACCAGAAGCCUAGCUUUUUCCUAAGAACCUGCAGAAAGGGCUGUGCCCUGAGGUGGGAGUGCAGGCCAAAGAUAGGUCAGCUAAGAGUAGGCCCUGGGUCUGCUCUGCCGGGCCCAGCUCAGCUCCUUGUUUGGGCUGAACUGACCACAGAAAGGAAGCUAACAGCUGUGCUCUUAGGAUUUGGGAUGGAAGGCUUUGCCUAGGGCCUUACAGGGUUUCAGCCUAUCUCAGUCAGAAGUCAGGGCCUUUCAAAUAAUCUCAGGCCUCACCCCUGGCUCCACUCACAGCCAAUCAAGACCAUUUAUUUGGAAAACCCAGCCCCCUCCAAUUAGCUGUUGACACCGUCGCUCCUUGCUGAGUGGGAUUGUUGAUUUGUAGUUCAGAGGUACAAAUUUAGUUGGUAAUUAGACUGUUACUGUUACCAGCCUGAAAUGCAGUCACCUAGUAAGAAAUAAAACGGGCAUCUCUGGACGUUACCAACCA